CCACCUCAGGCCGGAGCAAAGCGACGGGGCCCUGGGAAGACACGGCCAAGGCCUCGGUGGCUGGCUUGAAGCACCGAUGCCGAGCACACGAGAGAAGACGUGGGGGACGGAGCGGGCAGUGGCAUUGCGUGAAGCCCCGAGGCGUGUGCCAGGGCCGCAGGGCUGCUUGGGCGAGCGCUGCAGGUGAGGAUGGCCCAUGGUGAACAUCCCCCAGCAAUGGACCAUGGUGGCAUCCCUUAGCAACGGACCAUGAUGACAUCCCCCAGCAACGGACCAUGGUGGCAUCCCUUAGCAACGGACCAUGGUGAACAUCCCCCAGCGAUGGAACGUGACGUCCCCAGCCAUGCACUGUGACAUCCCCCAGCGAUGGAACGUGACAUCCCCAGCCAUUCACUGUGACAUCCCCAGCCACUCUCUGUGACAUCCCCCAGCCAUGCACUGUGACAUCACGGUCCUCGCUGCUUAUAUCCGGGCGCCCAGCCUCUGCCCACCGGCUUGUGCCUUUGCUCCAGCUGAGCAUUUUGGCGAGGCUUGGAGUGCGGAGCAAGCCUUUGGCUCGGUGCUGGGCUUGUGCCCUGGGAACUGGUGGCUGCGGCUCUCAGUUCCCACCCCCGGAGCCACUGCAGGUUUUUCCCCGGCCCUGCCUGGUUCAGGCAGCCGGGACACCCAGGAGGCGUGCUCGCCGCAGCAGAGCGGGACACCCGCCGCUGCAGCGUCGGAGAGGAGGAGUCGUCCGUCCCCAGCAGCUCUCCCCAGCCCGGCCCAGCGCGCGCUGAGCAUGGCCGCAGCCUCGGAGGACCGCUGCGCGAUAUGCCUCGAUGCCUAUGACAACGAGGCCUGUGUCGUCCCCUGCCUCCACCGCUUCUGUUUCAACUGCAUCCGGCGGUGGACAGCGAGCAAGCCCGAGUGCCCCCUCUGCAAGAGGAGGGUGAUUUCCAUCCGGCACUCGCUGCGGGGGGACCAAUUUGAAGAGUGGUCACCUGUGGCAUCGUCGGGCAGCGCCCAAGCCGAGGGACCUUCCGGCCUGCCAGCGCCAACAGCACCCAGGGCGCACCCACCACGGAAUCGGAGCCCGGAGUGGGUGGGCGGCCUUUACCCCAGAGCCUGGGCGCAACUUUUCCGGAGGCACCCACAUCUCCUCCAGCGCCUGCGGCCCUGGCUGCGCCAGGAGCUGGGGCGCAUCUUUGGGGAAGACCGUUCCCAGGCCCUCAUGCUGGAGCACGUGCUCCUGUGCGCCCUGCCCGUCAUGGGACUGAACGAAGAGGAGCUGGUCGAGGAGCUGCAGGCCGACCUCCAACACCGCGCGAGAGCCUUCGUGCACGGACUCAUUGAGUUCACCGUGCAACGGUGCGGGAGGGAAGCCCACUACCUCCUGAUCCGGGUGGACUCCCGUGCUGGCAGCGGGUCGGAGGACAGCUCCGGGGUCGUCCUCUGCUCCGCUGGCUUCAGGAGGUGGCGGGAGCGCAGCCCUGUGGGCCGCACAAGCUGGGCUGCCUACCAGGAGAGGCGGCAGGGCAACCUGGUGGCCAGAACCAGCUCCACUGGGUUUCAGGAGAGAGGCGAGGGCUGCCUUGUGACCAGCACCAGCUGGGUUGGCUUCCAAGAGAGACGGGAGCGUAGCCCCGUGGCCAGCACCAGCUGGGCAGCCUUCCAGGGGGGACGGGAGCUGAGCCCCGUGGCCGGCACCAGCCGUGACGCCUCCCAGGGGGAACGGGAGCUCAGCCCCGAGGCCAGCACCAGCCGUGACGCCUCCCAGGGGGAACGGGAGCUCAGCCCCGAGGCCAGCACCAGCCACGCUGCCUCCCCAGGGGAGUCUCCCGCGCCCGGACCAGCCCUCUCCAGCAGCGCUGCCGCAGAGGAUGCAGACCAGCUCCCGGGCACCUCCAGCGCUGCUCUUCAGGCGGGUCCCAGCUGCCCCCCCUCCGUCCCCGCUCCCAUCCCAGGGGAGCAAGAAGAGGACGCGGAGCUGGAGGAGGCUGCGGCAGGCGCCUCUGCCCCCAGCCAGGGCCGGAGCUGCUCCUGUCAGGGGCCCCGGUGCCCUCUGAAGAGGAAGGCUAGCAGCUCCGAGGACUCUGCCGCACCCACCAAGAAGCCACCCCGCCGGUGAUGCUGGAAGGCGGCCGCGGCAGCUGGCAAAAGGAGGGCUGGGACAGCAGCGGGGCCACGCAACAAGCCCCAUGGGGACCAGAAGGCUCUGCUCAACAC